UUUUUCAGAGAUGUCAGUAUGGCCUGGUAUGACCGUCUGCUAUACUCUGAAGUACUUUCACAAGUGAGGUAAUGAUUUUAAAAUAUAACACGAAACUUAUUUUUUUCACAAUGUCAUUAUGAUAUGUUAUAUCAUGUUUCUAAUAUUUGGUUUUCAUCUGUAUAUAGGGUGUAAUUUUCAAGUUUACUUAUACAAAUAAAUAAAAGCAGGAUGGUAGUGGGUGUAUUUCCAGCUCUCAAAUUGGGAGUUUUAUUUGUUAAACAAAUAAGUAAACCCUUGGCAAAAUUUCUUGUUAAUCAAGCAAAAAAUCAUCCUGUAUUUAGAACAUAUUUUAUCAUACCACCUGCUCAAUUUUAUCAUUGGGCAGAAGUUAAAGCUAAAAUGUAUGUAAUGAAUCUUGGUAAGCCUACAAAGGUUGCAAAAUUGAAUGAAGCCAUGGCAAUAGAAUUAGGAGCUAAUUUGAUGGGUGAGGUUAUUAUUUUUAGUGUUGCCGGUGGUUGUCUGAUAUUAGAAUAUAAUCGCCAAGUAGCAAAAGAAACGAAAAAAGAAGAAGCACGUCUUCAACAAAUACAGAAAUUUACAGACGACAUUGAGAAGUUAAAUAAAAUUACAUCUGUACAGCAAAGAGAAAUUCAGCAUCUUCAAGAAGCCUGUAAAGAAUUAGCAAAACAUACAAGACAUAAAUUGUCCGAAACGCUAAUAGUAGCAGAAGCAAAUCUGCAAGAACAUCAUACAGAUACAAAUACUGGCUUGAAAACAAAUAUAGAAACACACAAUAAAGAAAAUGAAAAGAGAUCAAUAAUUGAACGUGCUAUAGUGUAUUAUGAAAAUGAUGUAAAAGCAUACAAAUUCAGUUAACUAAACUUUUAUAUUAAGUUUUAUUAAUGAAUGUGAUAGUAUAGAUAUAAUAUCAAUAACAUUAAAACCACAACAAUUACAAACAAAAAUUUAUAUUACACUGUAUAUAAGGAUUUCUAACAGUAUAUGCAGUAAUACAAUUUUUGUGUAUUGCUGUUGAAAAUAGUCAGUACUUCGUAUUUUAUGCUAUUAUGAGCAUGAUUUGUUCUUUUAUCAGGAUCAAUAAAUUUGGAAAUCAAAUACACA